AUGAUUGAUAUGCCUCCAAUUCAGCACAACCAAGGCAAAGACUUUACUCAAGAAAUCGAUGACAUCAACAGCAACUCCACUGACUCAGAUGGAACUGACAGCCUUGGUGAUUCAGAUUUGAAUGAUGAUGCAAACUUAUUGCGGAUUCGGGAUGUGGUUGUCACUCCAGCUGCUAAUGCAUCCACUCAAGAUCUUCGCAAGGUGCUUGAAAUCACACAAAAACUCCUUCUCGACAUAGACAGAAAGCACUGGGAGACAUUAAAGAAGGUCACUUUACUCAAGGCUACAGUCUCAAAAGGUCAGAAGAUGAAGCUUACCAAGAAAGAUCUUGCCCUUGUGGCCAAGGAAGACAGCAUCAGAAAUUUUGGAUGCAAGGCACCUCCCAGAAUUAACCUCUUGAGCAAGGAGUGGUGGCUCUCACUACUAUUGAUUCAGGAUGGCAUCAAAGCCAAACUUUUCCAAUUUAUCCCACCAGCUGACCACAAUAUGAUGGCUCAUAAAAACUUUGGCUCCCAUUUUGUGAAAGGUGUCAACAAUGUUCAUGCUGAAAUGCUCUUGGAUGUCAAGUCAUGUGCAGCAGCUAUUUUUGGUUUGGAUGCCAAGUUUUUCAUACAAGGUUAUACACAGGACAUGGAGCCUGCUUGCAAAUCUCUGCUCUUCAAUCCCCAAGGCCUAUAUACAAAGUUUGCACUAGUUCUUUUCCCUCGUCCAGACCAUAUUGUCAGAGAUGAAUUUCUGAAAACUGCCAAACUCGUUUAUGAGUUACACACUGCAACUCCUGGUCUCAUUGCAGCAGCAGCCAUCAUUGCUAUAUUUGUUCUAUCUAGCAACAAAGAGUUGGUCAAAGUCAGCGACAAAUCUCGCAUACCAUACAAAGACUACCAUAACUACUAUCGACAAUCGCUCUUGACUGGAGACUUGUUAGUCGGCGACUCAACAAGUGGUCCACAUGACAGCUGGGAAGAAAUGUUUGAGUGUGCAAUGGAGACUGAAGCUGAACUACCAGAACUGGAUGUCAGCCCGGUCAUUGAAGUGCCUCCUUUUGCACCUCCUACUGCACCCCAAUCAAUCUCUGCAGCCAUGCAAGGUCUAGCUUUGGCUGAGGACCAUCAUCAAGACCCACUACCUGUGGCAGUUAAUGAGGACAAGCCAGAACUACCUGCAUUAGUGCUCGAGGCUCCUGUUGCUGCCCAGAAGCCAAAGCUAAAGCCAAAGCCAAAGCUGAGGUGGAAGGGCAAGGCUGAUGUUACUAAUAACAAUACUUCGGAAGAUCAAGGUCUUGCUAACUUUGAACCAUUGUCAGCAUAA